UUUUUUUUUUUGAAAACCGUUGGCGGCCUGGGAAAUUUAAAAAGAAUAAGACGAAGGUUUUCAAACAAGGAAACAGACUUUUCCACGCUGCGCAGUUAAAACGUGUUUCAUAAAACUGAGAUGCAGAAUAAGGAAAAUUAUGAGCCCAGAGGUCCACAAAGACCGUUUGCAACCCCGAGUAUGGUCACAGGACCGCAGCGUGUUCUGGUGAAGUCACGAGCAGAAACGAGCAAAAAUGUUGUCACAGGUCCUGGAAGAGAAUGUGUUGGCUCCCCUUCAAGUUCUCUACCAAAGAAACUUUUCAUUGAUGACUUUGACAUUGGUCGGCCUCUUGGAAAGGGGAAGUUUGGCAACGUCUACCUUGCAAGGGUGAAGAAGCUGCAGGCCAUUGUAGCGCUGAAGGUGUUGUUCAAGUCUCAAAUGGAGAAGGAAGGUGUGGAGCAUCAGCUCAGGAGGGAAAUUGAGAUUCAAGCCCACCUCAAGCAUCCAAACAUCCUGCGCUUCUACAAUUAUUUCCAUGACCGCAAGCGGGUUUUUUUGGUGUUGGAGUAUGCCCCACGUGGAGAAAUGUACAAGGAGCUCCAGAAACUCGGACGGUUUGAUGAUCAGCGAACUGCAACGUUCAUGGAGGAGAUAUCUGAUGCACUCAUCUAUUGCCAUGAGAGAAAAGUCAUUCACCGUGACAUCAAGCCGGAAAAUCUUCUUCUCGGCUUUGCUGGAGAGCUAAAAAUAGCUGAUUUUGGUUGGUCUGUUCACGCACCCUCUCUAAGACGUCGUACUAUGUGCGGGACGCUGGAUUACCUUCCUCCAGAGAUGAUUGAGGGGCACACUCACAGUGAGAAAGUGGACUUGUGGUGCAUCGGAGUCCUCUGCUACGAAUGUUUAGUUGGCAACCCACCUUUUGAAACCUCCACUCACACAGAAACGUACAAAAGGAUUAUGAAGGUGGAUCUAAAGUUCCCAACAGUCGUCUCUGAUGGCGCACGGGAUCUGAUCUCAAAGCUGCUUCGCCACAACCCCAAUGACCGUCUCCCUCUUAAGAGCGUCAUCGAACAUCCAUGGGUGCGAGCCAACUCUCACAGACUUCUUCCUCCAACCUGUGCCUCCAAGAAGUCCUGAGCCGUCCAGGCGGUCUAGCUUUUCCCCUCUGAGCGGUGUUUUGUCUGUCCACCUCAACAAUAUUUAGGGCCAGCAUGAAGGGGUAUCACAGCCAAAUGCUUGACACAGCCAUUGUUCUGGCACAUUAUAUUUUAUAUACACCCGAUUCCAGUUCACUGUUUUGCUAGAUUAGAAGCAAUCUUUUGUUUUAAGUAUGUAAAGAGAGUUUCCUCUUUUGUUUCAUAAUUUUUUUAUUAUCAAAACAAAAAACUGCAGAUUGUUUCAUUUGAUMUUUUAUUAUUAUUAUUAUUUCACCAACUCUUGUGUCCAUCUAUACUUAUUGUGUGAUGUUCUUUAAUUUUUGUGCAUGUGGUCGAGGUUGUUUUAAGAUGUUUUUCACCAAAGUAACUACUUUUAGGAUGCAAGUAUGUUCUUCAGUUGUUAAAGAUGAGUGUACAAGUUGAACUUGAAAGCCUGUGUUAGCUAUUCCCAUCAUUUUUUUCUAAUUUUUUAAAUAAAAUAUUACAAUUGUCA